GCUCAGGUUGACCAUCCGAUCGACGAGGCCUUCGACUUCGAAGCCGAGUUAGAAGUGUUCAUACACCGUGCUCAGAGGCGAGAAUUUGGCCCUAGCACGCAGUCGCUGGUCGAUGCCGCGGUCGAGCGAAACAUCCCCUGGUUACGUUUAAACGAAUACAGCCUGGUGCAGUUUGGCCAUGGCAAGUUUCAAACGCGUAUUCAGGCUACGGUAACCAGCAAUACCGGCACCAUUGCGACCGGUCUGGCAAGCGAUAAGGAAGGCACGCAUAGUGUGCUCAAGGACAUGGGUUUACCAGUACCGCUCCAGGCCAUGUUCAGUAGUGAAGACGAAGCUGUCUCUGCUUCAAGGCGUAUGGGUUAUCCGGUGGUGAUUAAACCGUUGGAUGCCAAUCAUGGUCGAGGCAUUAGCAUCAAUCUGACGACCGACGACGAAGUUCGAGAGGCCUUCCAUGUUGCCAAAGCGCAGGGCCGUUCGCGUUACGUGCUCGCCGAAAGUUUUAUCGUCGGUUAUGACCAUCGCAUGCUGGUUAUCGAUGGUGAACUGAUCGCGGUGGCCAAACGUGUACCCGGUCAUGUCGUUGGUGAUGACAAGUCGACUAUCGCCGAACUGGUCGACAUUGUAAAUUCCGACCCGCGUCGCGGUGUCGGUCAUGAGAAGGUUUUGACUCGAAUAGAAAUUGAUUCACCGGCCAUGCGCCUGUUGCUCGAAGCCGGCUACGACGAAAAUACCGUACUGAAAAAAGAUGAACGGUUUUUUCUGCGCUCCACCGCAAAUCUCUCCACGGGUGGUACGGCUAUCGAUAUGACCGAUGUGGUGCAUCCGGAUAACCGUGAGAUGGCUGUCCGCGCGGUACGCGCGAUUGGUCUCGAUAUUGGUGGUGUGGACUUCCUCACCGAUGACAUUACGGUUUCAUAUAAAGAUAUCGGUGGUGCGAUUGUUGAAGUCAACGCUGGUCCGGGCUUUCGUAUGCACGUCGCGCCGAGUGAAG